UUAAUUAGGGCUUCUUAUAAUCAAAUAUUUAAUAAAUUUGAUUAAAGUUUUGAUUUUUCGUAAUUAAUUUUGGAUUCUGGAUUCUGGGUAUUUGUCGGAAUGCCGAAUAGAUGGUGAAAACGGAAAUGCGUAAUGUAAAACGCUGCAAAUUGCGAGAAUUCGAUAUGGGUUUAUCGAAAAAAAUCGGUAAUUUCAACAGUUUAGUUGAAUAUGAUAAUGCUGUUAAUUCAUGGUGUAAUGGGGUUCCUUUUACCGAUAAUUUGAAGCCGAAUUCGGGUUCUGUUAAGUUACUUAAGUCUUCUCGUGGUCGAAUUUCGGUAUGCCCUUCUCGACUUAAUGAUUCGUAUAUUAGUUUAUUGAAAAAAGAUAAUGUGGAUGAUAUAGAGACUAGUCUUAUAAAGAAACGUAAAAGCCCGUUUCAUGAUCACGAAUUCGUAUCGAAAAAACAGGUUUUGGAAGUGGAUAUGGGUUUUGUAGAUAUCCCGAUUUCGGGUAGGAAUGAUGUGAGAAUUGUGAAGAAUGUAAAAAUAAAUGGGAAUGAAGAAUUUGUGGCAGGGGAUGUAGUUUGGGCAAAAUGUUCGAAUAGGUUUCCUGCUUGGCCAGCAGUCGUGAUUGAUGCGAAACGAGAAGCUCCGUUUUCUGUACAGAAAGCUUAUGUUCCUAAUACUGUUUGUGUUAUGUUUUAUGGCUAUUCGAAACGAGGGACUCGGGAUUAUGCAUGGGUCAAGGGUGGAAUGAUUUUUCCUUUUUUGGAGUGUAUAGAUAGAUUUCAGGGACAGACUCAAUUAUAUGGCUGCAAGCCAAAUGAUCUUCGAGCAGCAAUUGAAGAGGCAUACACGAUAGAGAUUGCUAAGUUGAGUUCUGGCUAUAAUGACAUACAAGAAGAAUCUUCUACUGAAUUCGGUCUGGUUGAGGUCCAAGUAGAACUUGCUACAGAUCAUCAUUACGACUAUUUUCAGCGUGAGAAGAUAUGCUGUGAUGGUUGUAAUCUUUGGGUACUUUCAGAAGACAAUGAAAUUUUGGGGGAGCUCGUCAUGGAUUCGGAAACCAAUGAAUAUUACUGCUCAGAGUGCAGAAGGCAAUAUUCAUAUGAACAAAUAAGUGUAGAUGAAUGGCAACCAGAGCUUAGCCCAUCUACACAGAGCAAUGACCAGAGUACAUUACCGGACAAAAUAAGUGUCAUCUGCACAGGCGUGGAAGGAGUUUAUUAUCCAAAAGUUCAUCUAGUUGAGUGUAAAUGUGGUUCGUGUGGGACAUGGACCCCCUCUGAAUGGGAACGCCAUACGGGUUCAAGGGCAAAAAAGUGGAAAUCGAGCAUUAAAGUCAAGGAAUCGAUGAUACCACUCGGGAAAAUGCUUGCAGAUAAUAAUGUUGACUAUGUUAAGGCUACGUUGACUCAGCUAGAUGAGAAACAGUUGUUUUCAUUUCUUCAUGCAAAAUAUGAACCUGUUUAUGCAAAGUGGACAACCGAACGAUGUGCCAUCUGUAGAUGGGAUGAAGAUUAUGAUAUCAACAAAAUCAUUAUCUGCAACAGGUGUCAAAUAGCAGUACAUCAGGAAUGCUACGGAGUCAGAGAUAUCCAUGAUUUUACAUCUUGGGUUUGUAGGGCAUGUGAAACACCUGAGGUCGAAAGACAGUGCUGUCUUUGUCCCGUUAGAGGAGGUGCAUUGAAGCCAACUGAUAUCAACAAUUUGUGGAUACAUGUCAUCUGUGCAUGGUUCCGACCCGAGGUUGCUUUCCCAAGUGAUGAGAAGAUGGAGCCUGCAAUUGGAAUUCUAAGGAUUCCACCCGAUUCGUUUGUGAAGGAAUGUGUAAUAUGCAAGCAAGUUCAUGGUUCUUGCAUACAGUGUUGCAAGUGUGCCACACAUUUCCAUGCAAUGUGUGCUUCCCGAGCCGGGUACUCUGUUGAGCUGCAUUCGUCUCAGAAGGGUGGGAAAUACAACACCAAAUGGAUGGCAUACUGUUCUUUUCACAGGACCCCAGUAGAUAACGGUAUAGUCAUCAGGACCUCUUCAGAGGUGUUUUGUGCAAGCAGAUUGCUCGAUAGGCAGAAUCAGAAACAGAGUUUUAGGGGUUCAAGACUCCAUCGGUGUAAAACUAUGGAACUUUCUGAUUCAUCGACAUUAGAGAAUGAUGAGUUUGAGCCUCUAUCUUCUGCCAGGUGUCGCGUUUAUAGAAUAUCAACUACCAAGAAUGAUGUAAAGGAGGCUUUGUUCCACCGGUUAAUGGGCCCAAUCCGGCAUCCAGUAAAUGCUAUAGAUUGCUUAUCCUCUCACAGAGGAGUUCAAGACCUGAAUAAUUGUGCUACAUUCAAGGAACGGCUUGUCAGUUUACAGAGGAUGGAAAAGCAUCGUGUCUGUUUUGGUAAAUCUGCAAUACACGGAUGGGGUCUCUUUGCACGCCGCAAUAUACAAGAAGGAGAUAUGGUUCUUGAAUAUCGUGGUGAGCAGGUGAGGGGUAGUGUUGCAGAUUUGAGGGAGGUUCAAUAUAGGUCUCAAGGGAAAGAUUGCUAUCUCUUUAAGAUCAGUGAGGAUAUUGUAAUUGAUGCCACAAAUAAGGGUAAUAUGGCACGAUUAAUUAAUCAUUCGUGUAUGCCUAAUUGCUAUGCUAGGAUUUUGAGUAUGGGUGAAGACGUGAGUCGGAUAGUCCUUAUAGCUAAAACCAACGUUGCUGCUGGUGGUGAAUUGACGUAUGAUUAUAAAUUCGAUCAAGACGCAGUGGAUGAAGUUAAAAUCCCAUGUUUAUGUAAAACACCCAAUUGUCGAGUUUUCCUAUGAAUAAGUACAUAACUGAAGAGCAUACAACAUCCUGGCAAAGGCAACAUAAAGAAUGAAUACUCAAACACACAGGAAUAUCUUCUUUUUUCUUAUAGCAUGUAAAGCUUUAGUCUUUGUUCUAUCUUUUCAUUUCUUUUCUUCCUGGAAAAUGAAUUGCCGGCAUCCA